AUGUCGAACAGCAGUGAUUCUCCGACAACCUGGAAUAAACAAACGACGACGUUUCCUCUAGCUUCAAUCGCAUUGCCUUCUAAAUCUUCUGAUCACCAGUCUCCUCAAUCCUCUCCAGGCUCAUCUUCUUCUCCAUCUCUGACGCCGAAACCAUCUCUAUCCGCCAGUGGAUCUUCGACAAAGAAAAUGACGACCGGAUUAUCCGGCCGGCACUCAUUUUUCAGGGGAAUUCGGCUACGGAAUGGAAAAUGGGUGUCGGAGAUCCGAGAGCCACGUAAAACGACGCGAAUUUGGCUCGGGACUUAUCCGGUACCGGAGAUGGCUGCCGCCGCUUACGACGUUGCAGCCCUUGCUCUGAAAGGCCCCGAUGCCGUUUUGAAUUUUCCCGGUUUGGCUUUGACUUAUGUGGCUCCGGCCUCGAACUCUGCUGCGGAUAUAAGAGCUGCCGCCGCGAGAGCUGCCAAGAUGAAGCAGCCGGACCCGGGUGGAGUUGAGCAGGUAAUGGAUCUGAGUCAACCCGGACAGGAGGAGGAGCAAAUAGCAAUGUCUUCUCCGUUGGAGUUUAUGGACGAGGAAGCGAUGUUGGAUAUGCCAAAUUUGUUGACGGAGAUGGCGGAAGGGAUGCUGAUGAGCCCACCGAGAAUGAUAAAUCCGACGAUGGAUGAUUCGCCGGAGAAUCAUGAAGGAGAUACUCUCUGGAGUUACAAAUGA